AUGGAAUUGGGAGCUGCAAAUCAAACUAUACUAUUGCUACAAACAGGUAUAACAAUGUCAUCUCAAGGUAAUGAAAAUCAGCCUUUAUGGUUCUCUGUGACAGAGGAAACAUUAUUUCUACAUGAUGGCUUGUUGAGGGUCACUGAUCUGGUAGAACCACCAAAGAAUGUUAGUUCCAAUUGUGACCUUGAUUCUGAUAUUCUAUCUUGUGGAUUUGAUACAACUGACACCCAUGAUGUUCCUGAAAAACUUUUAGCUGUAUGUGGAACCCAGAACAGCGCUUAUAAGCGUCUGUUAGAAUACAGAUUGAAUGCUUUACGAGGAUUUUGGACAGCUUGUAGAGAAAAUUGCCAAGAUUUAACACCAAGUAGAGAACUCAGUCAGCUAUCAUUACAAGAAGAGACACUGAGCUUGUUUAAAAAGGAGACAGAGCAAGCAUCAUUUUCCACUAGAAUCAGUUUGCUACUGUUGCUACCAUUACUUCAGUCUCAAAGUAGAAUUGACCCCAAGUUGUGUGGUGUGACAGCAGAGUUGUUAUUAAGCUGUCUAAAAGAAUGUAAACCAUUCAGUCUUGUGAAAGAGCCAGGAGAUUGUUUAAGAGGAUUAGAAAGUUUAUUAUGUGAUUGGUUAGGAGAAGAUAGCAAAGAAAAUCAAAUCAGUUUAGAGGAAAAAACACAAAGAGAAAAGGCUGCUUCUGCACUUGUUGCUUUGGCUUGUGCAAGAGGUCAUGUUGAUACAUUUGUUCAUGCUGCCGACCUGUUACAACAACUACCAGAUUUAUUAUCACUGAAUGUUGGAGGAAUAUUAUAUGGUUUAUUAGAUACACGAGGUAAUGGUGGCACAUCUGGUCAACCAGCCACAUUAUUGGGUAAUAAACAUGCUGUUAGUUGGGGUUUUGAAGAUAUGUUGAAUAUUGUCAGUGAAAAACCGGCUGAAACAGAAGAAAAAGAUAAGGAAAAAGCUGAGAGUGAGAUAGGUAGAAGUAUUACAACUGAUGGGAAAUAUUUAUAUACAAGUAAUACAGCUGGUAAAGGUAUUGCUAAAAUAGGUACUGGUUUACAUGGUACUCUUAGAGGAUAUGUUUAUCAUCGGAAUGUAAAGAUAGGACCAGGAAGAUUAGCUUAUGGUGAUGGUAAAUUACUGUAUAGACCUGCUGUAUUUGAUCAUGAAGACCAGUCUGAUAUAUUAGCAUUACAUGUCAAUACAACUACACUAGAGAAAAUAAAGCCAGUAAUGAAGCCAGAGAAGUGUUCAAUAGGAAAACCUUGUGUUACUAUAGGAUUUAUUAGUGAUGGCAUGUAUUUCUGUUUAAUAUGGAGUCAAGUUAAUAUAAAUGAUAAAUCAGCUAAAGGAAUCAAUGUUUAUACAGAGACUUAUUCUGUCAAGGAUAACAGUUUAAAUGUUACAGUUAUCAAACCAGCAGUAAUAUUACAGAGAAAAGAUGAAGUGAAUCCUAAAUCUAUAACAGAAGCUAUAUUUUCACGUCCACGACCAUUCCGUACCUCUAACUCUACUGCUACCCUAGUAGCACUGACAGGUGGUGAUUUACUUACUACAAGGAAAGAAGAAGCCCUGGCUACCAGCUUUCAAAAAGUAGACAAGAAAUCAGCAUUAGGCUUAGUAAGCUACAAGACUGCUUCAAAUUCUUCUUUGACAAAUACAACAACUUUGAGUACUACCUGUGGUAUACCAUUAAAAACAUUGAUAAAAACUCCGGUAUUCUGUGAUGGUAAUAGUAUAGUCUUCCUGACAUCACUCAAUAUACAAGGUACUCCUAAUGCUUCAGCUUCUAGACCAUUCUUUGGUGCAGGUGGUUCUUUAUCUGGUCUCAGAUGUUCAUUAUUAGCUUCUAAUUUAUGUUUUAAUAUUGAUGAUGGACAGUUUAAUACUAGAGUUGAUCUAAUGGAUGCACCUAGUUGUUCACUAGCUAGAGGUACAGCUGUUAACAGUUUAGGAACUUGUUUUGAUGUGUGUAAUAACAGUAUCUGGGUAUGUAGCAGUGAUUAUAUUGAUCAGUUUUAUAACCCUAGUAAUCAGGCUACACAUCAUAUCAAUCAACGCCUGUGUAUCCCUAUUAACCAUCAACCUGCAUCAGGAGAGGUAAUACCAAUAAAAACAGUUGUAGAAACAUUACUACAGCAUGCUGGAGGGAUGUGUGUUCACAAACUAAACAGUGAUCCCUAUACAGCUUCUCUAAUCCAACCAACACCAGUAGAUAUUGCUCAGUUAAAACGUAUCACUGAUAUAUUAACACGAGCCAUGGAAGACAGACAUCUUACUAUUAUUAUUAGUUCUUUAGUUGUCUUACAGUUGAUAUUUAAAACAAGUAAAUUUGUGCUAGAGAGAGAAGGUGAAGCAGAAUUAAUGAAUAAGACUAGGUCUCUAUUGUGGAAGUUAGUUACUAGUAAAUCUGUAGAGAUGAAUGACGUCUGUAUAAGAUUAGAAGCUUGUAGAGCUAUCAGUAUUGGUUUGAUGGCUUUAUAUUCUGAUAAAAAUGAACGACAUAAGUUAUUGUAUCAACUCAUGACUGAAGGUGGUGAAUCUUGUGGUUUAGUUAUCUUACGAGAUUUGAUUCUUACUAACUUUGCUAGACAGUUGAAAUCACAGAAUCUUGAAAGCCAGAAAACAGACCAUUUGAGGUUAGCUGAUGAGUUGGUUCAUUAUAUAUUAAAACGUGCUGUUAAAGAAUCAUUAGAUAUAUUAAAGCGACCUAUUAAAUUAAAUCAACCUAUUGAAGAAAGUGUUAGUGAUGUUCCGGUUGCCAGUCCCUGUGUUAUGUAUAUAAUGUGUUUACAAUCCUAUUUGUUAAGACAAACUGUAUUUUAUGAUAAAAAAGAAGAAAAAGACAACAAACAAGAAAUAAAUUUACAGGAUAUGAUAGCUGGUGUUGUGAAUUUAGCAAGUAAAAUAUUUGGUGGAUUAUCAGAGGUUUUAGAAACAUUUGUAGAAGUAUGUAAUUCUGUGAUAGAGACAAGUGCUAUAGAAGAUAUUGAUAAUAAACUACAGAUUAUGGAGAGAUUAGCUAAAGGAACUAUAUUAGGACAUUUAUUACCAGUUUUAUUGACCACAUUAACUCAUUCUAGUUUACAACAACUGUCUCUAGCUAACAGUUUAAUGCCACAUCUUACACGACUAGUUCUACUCUCUACACAGGCCUCCAUGUUAAUGAGAAGUCCUAAGAAAUGUAUUUUAAAUGAAGAUGAUAAUAUAGAUCCAGAUAGAGAUAUGUUAAACCUUAUAGGUCAGUCAGUUCAUACACAGAGAGGUGAAAGUGAAAAAGAAGAUGAUGGUGAAUGUUUUCUUGCUGAUUUAAAAAUCCCUGCACCCUGGGCGUCUGGUAAAUCAGUAGAAACUAUCCACCCUGUUAGAGAUAAUUAUAAAAUGAAAGAAACUAUACAUAUACCUGGUGCUAGAUGUUUAUAUAUUAGAUUUGAUCCCAAAUGUUCUUCACAAUAUGACUAUGAUAAGCUGAUUUUGUACGCUGGUCCAAAUACAAAUUCUAAGAAAAUAGCUGAAUAUGGUGGUAAUACUUUUGGAUUUGGUAGCAGAAGUGUUCUAGGUUCUGGAUGGCCAAAAGAUCUUGUCAAGGUUGAAGGGGAUACAGUAACAUUUUCAUUUGAAAUGAGAAGUGGUAGAGAACAUAAUACACCAGAUAAAGCUAUGUGGGGUUUUAGUGCUACUGUACAUGCUCAAGAACUGGUAGAAGAAGUAGGAAGUGGUUUACCCUUCCUGGCUGAUCUAGCUCUAGGACUCUCAGUCUUAUCUUGUAUGUUGUUACAAAUUAUGUUUGAUGGGCCAGAAAAAACACCAGAUGAAAUUGGUUGUCAGCAUUUAUUUAAGAGCAAGAUACUUCAAAGAUGUGUUUGGCAGUCGGAGGCAGAAAUCACUAAGUCAACAGAGAAGAGUAAAAAGAAACCUGGUUGUAAAACUACAUUUAGUCCUGUAUUACCUCGUAUUAAAUUACCAACUGAUUUAAUGGAUGGUUUAAGAAAAUUAUCCAAAAGACAAAUUCCCAGAGUCAGACCAAGCAUCAAAGAGAUAAUCCAGCCAUUAAUAUUAGAAGAAAUGAUUAUGUCAGCAGUAGUUAAACAUCUAUCAUUAAUGGAUGCACUAAGAUCAUUAGCUGAUAUACAAAAACAUGAAACAGAAGAAUUCUGGUUGUUAUCAUCUGUUGUUGAUGAAGUUUUUAGAAGAUGUGAUGCACUUAUAAGACAACUGCAGACUUUGGCUGAUUUAGAACAAAGAUGGUUUAAUGAAGUUGAAGAACAAAGACAAGAAAAGAAUCCAGCAUUUACUCCUUAUUUCCAGGAUUAUCAUUUACAAGAGUUAAAGCAUAAAGAACUAACUAUGUUAUGUUUUCUAAAAGAAGUUGUAUUAGAUACAGAAGAACCAGAAAGAGCUGUCAAAUCAUUGAGAGAAAAGUUUACAAGUGAUGUAGAAUAUAAUGAAAAAGAGAAUAUAAAAUCUAUGUAUAAAACUAAACAGAUAGUAGAUGGUAUACUAUCUAGAUUGGACCUAUUACUACAUGUUAAUAUAUCAUUUAUUAGUAACCCUACCACCUUAACUAGAACUGUAUCUAAUUAUACCAAUAAUACUAGAGAAGGUAUAACAAGUCUUGCCAGAUUGAGUCAUAUAUUAUAUUAUGUUUGUGUUACAGGUAUAAUGGCCCGAUCUGAUACUGAUAUGUUACGACCAGGUUCAGUAUUAGGGAGAAGUAUGUCAGCUCCCUCUGGUGUUGAAGAUGAUACAUUCCUUGAAGUGAUGAGAUUACAGAGGAGAAGGCAGUUGAACAAGAGAGAUGUAGGAUCUAUUUUACAAGAUUUAGUAGAUGAAGAUGGUAGAGACAUGCCUCCUCAUGUAGCUCUUGUAGAUCAACUCUUUUCCUUUAUUGGUAGUGCUCCAGAAACAUCUGUCUCAUGUGAAAGUUUCCUGAAAGCAGCUAAAGUAAGAUGGAAGAGAGGACAAUCCAGAAAACAAUCAUUGAUUCUGAUGAAGGAACUAUUGACAUCAGCUUCCAGAGUUCCUGGUUCAUCUUAUCUAUUAUCCAAUAUUACAUCAGUUUUAAGACAUGGACCAAAGGUAGAAGAACUAACUUGUGGAGGAUUAGUAAAUGUUGUACAAGAUGCCUAUGCUGAAACAGUAACAUCUGUUGUACAACUAGCAUCUAAACAUCCUAUAGCUGGUUGUAACAGUGUGGUAUUAUUAUGUACUGUUCCAUAUACAAGAGCAGAAGAGAAGUGUCUGGUAAGAUCAGGUCUAGUACAUUUGUUAGAUAAAUUAUGUGGAUUAGCCAAUAGAAAUACAGAUAUACAAACAGCAGAUAACCAGACAAUACAUCAAAAAGUCUCAUUAUUAGCCUGGGCUGGUUUUAGAGUGCUGGCUAGUAGGUGUGUCACUUGGGAGACUGAAGAAGGUGUUCUAGAAGAUGAUUUAGAUCAUUCUGGUCUAGCUUGUCAAGUGUCCAUGUUAUUAACACAUUAUUUAACACGUGUUACUGAGAACACUGGUAAUGAAGCUGCUGGUACUGAGGCUCUACAGGAAGUUCUUGGUCUACUCAACAGUUUAUCAAGAAGUCGUAUGGGUAAAGCUAUUUUAACACAGCCAGCAUGUGUCAGUAAACUAUUGUCAUUACUCUUGGAUCAGAGACCAUCUCCAAAAUUAGUGCUGAUAAUACUACAGUUAUGUGGUGUAGCCUUACCCAUGAUGAGUCCUACUGAUUGUGGUAAUGUAGAACUACCAGCCUGGGGACAACAUGUCUCUACUAGUCAUUGGAGUAAUUCUCAACCAGUAGAUGAUCCACCAGCUAAAAUUGUCAGUUUAUUAUUGGCUAAAUUAGGAGACUUUCUAGUCCCAGGAGAUCAAGUAUUACUAUCUAGUAGAAGUCCAUCACAAGAUGUAUCCAGUAAUAGUCAUAAUACCAGUUCUAAUAAUAAAGAUACACAAGAAGAAAGUGAUGUACAAGGGGGAAGAAUUACUAUAUAUUUACAUAAGAAAGAAGACCAAACAGCACAUGAAGUUAUACAGUUAUUAUUGAGUGCUGAUAGUCGAUCAUUUAGAGGAGGUUUGGGUGCUAGUAUGGAGAGAGUGGCAAGAAUGGAUAGAGAAUUAACAAAGAGUGGUAAAACUGAAGUAAUAACAGAGGAAGCAAUGACUGCAUUGCGUAAAGCAUAUAAAUGGGCACAGAUAGGUUUAGUGAUGUCAACUAGUCCACCAACUGAUGUCAGUCAAACUGAUGUUACUGAUGGUAAAAAGAAAACAGCAUCAGAUGUCAUCUGUAAAGAGAAGAAUGUUGAUUUGGCAAAAACUGAUCCAGUACGAGCAUUUAUCAGUGGUCAUGUAGCUAAUAGUAUGGCAGCUGAAGUCAUCUCAUUAUUACAUAGCUUAUUAACAGCUCCUUUAACAUCGGCAGCUCAAACUUGGUCAGAGGCUGUACAGAAAGUUUUGAUGAACUCUGUAUCAUGUUUACCUUUAUUAAUGACAUCUAUCGAUGGACUGGGAUCACCACGUUGUCAUACCAGACAGUUAAUGACCAUGUCUAAGUUAGCAAAUGCAGCAUUAUGUGCUUUGGGUGGAUUCAGAGAACUGAUAAAACCAGGCUGUCAAGUAGAGGUGAUAGGAGAAGGUAUUGAAGGAAGUACUGGUAAUGUGGUAACUCUAUCUGAUCAGACUGAUAUAGCUAUAGUACAUCUUGAUAAUGAGAAAUCUGAUAAUCCAGCUCCUAGAUUUGGUGAUUUGAUAGAAAUUCCUGUCUCCAGACUACAGCCUCUCAGAAAUAAGACAUUUUUAAAGCAUCAACAUGAAAUGAGUGAAACAGUACUUUCAGCAGUACAAGCAUUACUAGAUACACAAGAUUCUGAUCAGUCUUAUUUACAAGCAUCAUUACCAGUCAUAGGAGAUGGUAACAGUCUAAGCAACCAAACUUGUCGUGUCAUAGCAGAAAUUAAAACUAGAGCAUGUAUGGUGUUAGCUCAAUAUCUACAGAAUCUAGACUUUGCUAGAGAGUUUAGUGAAAGAUGUGGAUCCUCUAUUAAUAUCAUGAAGUCAAUAGCUAAAGAAUGUAGCAAGGGAAGUCGUAAACCAGUGAUUGAAUCCCAUGUAGAAAGAUUAAGGAUGUUAUAUAGUGAUUGUGCUAAACCUCCUCCACCACCCUGUAAAAAUAACACUAAACCUGUUAAAGAAAUGGUAUGGAAUGCCAGUUGUAAUUUUCCACCAGCUAGAGCUUGUCUAUUCUCUUCUGGUCUAACAGCUGUAACAUUUCUAGGUGAUCCUAGUGCUAGUAGUGGUUUACCUAGAGGUACUAUGAUAUAUGCUAACCAACCCAUGCCUACACAGGCUCCUUCAUUCUAUUGGGAAAUUAAGAUCUCGUCAUUAGGAGAUAGUCAAGAUGAUAGUGGUGUCAUGGUGUCGUUUGGUUUUGCACCAGCAGCAGAGAAAAAAGAUGGAGCUUGGACCAACCCUAUUGGAUCAUGUUUACUCUUGAACAAUGGCAAAGCAGUACACUAUAAUGGAGCCAGUUUAUUACAAUGGAGAAGUGUCCGUAUGGAUAUUACUCUAGGAGUAGGAGAUGUAGCAGGUAUUGGAUGGGAACGCUCCGGGUCCUUAAAUGACACACCUAAAGGUCGUGUAUUCUUUACCUUUAAUGGUCACAAAUUACCCAACACUAUUGAUGAUGUUUCUGGUGGGAUGUUCCCAGUUAUUCAUAUACAGAAAAAGAAUUGUAGAGUUCAGGCAAACUUUGGGGCACAGCCAUUUGCCUAUGCUGAAGGUCAAGAACAUAGAGAUGCUGCUGAAGCUGCUAGUGAUUUAACUCGUGAGAUUAGGGAGUCCUUCUGUCACUUACCAUUUCAUCCUAACUCUGAUACAGAAGAAGAAGGAAUGACCAAUACCAGUAGUGGUGUGAGUUUAGAUGCUGAAGAACUACUGACACAAGAAGGUGUUUCAGUCAAAACAGCUACCAUACCUCCCCCAAUUAAUGAUUAUUCCACUGAUACAUGCCUCCAAUAUAAAGUAGUUGAUAGCUAUAGUAAUUUAUUACAUACUGGACCAAUUGGGACUAGUAGUCAGGUUGUCCAAGAUGACCAGUCUGAUGAAGAACCUAUGGAUAUGCCAGUUGAAGACCAUUAUGCAUUAUUAGUAAAAGCUUGGGAACAGAAAGUUUUUCCAAUCAUUAGACGUCGAUUCAGGAAUGAGGCUGAAAGAAAAGAUGGUUUAGAACAGAUUAGAGGGGCUCUUCAAUUAGGAAUGACUGAUAUAGCAAGACAGACAGUAGAGUUUCUGUAUGAAGAAAAUGGUGGAAUACCACGUGACCUUCACCUUCCUACUAUAGAUGAUAUUAAAGAAGAUUUAGCUAAAUUUACUAUAGAACGUGUAAAGAAAGGAACAACAGUUAUUAUACGCCCACAUCUCUCACUAUCAACAGCUCUACCGAAAUUUGCUGUAAGAUCUAUGUUGAAGACUUUUGGUGCCACUGGAACUGUUCUAGAGAUCGAUGCUCCAAAUGAAUUGGUUCAAGUAGAAACAUAUUUAAGAAGUGAAGGUGUAUUAGUUAGAUUCUGGUAUCCAAUACAAAGUUUAGAAAAACCACCUCAAAGUCUACGUAAAGCCUCCAUAUCUGGUGGACAAACAUUAGAUACAUCAAAUACACAUAUUCAUGGAGAACUCAUUAGUCGCGAAAACAACCUGAUGAAACAUUACUUGCGUACAGCAUUUCUCUAUCUCAUAGACCAUUGUAAUUCACCAGGAAUGGAGAUCACUGAUGAUAACUCUCCACAGGAAUCUUGUGCUGCAGUCUUACAACAAUUAGACAUAGAAAACAUUCAGUUAUUGGCUAGUGAAUUAUUGGCCCCUCCUACAUCGACUGGUAUCAUUCAAACACCCUGUGGAUUGACAGGUGUCAGUGACAAGAGUAUGGAGAUCAUGUCUUGUUCAUUGGCCAAUGUGGUAUUUUCAAAUGGUAAACGACUGCAAAGGGAGUUGGCUAUAGCUAUAUCUCGAGCAGCCAAUCAAGGGGAAGAUUACUUAUUAGAGUUGACCAAUCAGAUUUGCUCUUGUUUACCGAAUGCUCCAGAGAUGUUUCCAUGCAUGGAAUUUCCAGUCAAAAAUAUUACCGUCAACAGAGAUGUAGAAUUUCCAGGUGCAGCUUGCCUUGUUGUCUCUUGUAAAACUGAUCCUAAAGCUGCAAAGAAAGAUUCAUCACCAUACAAAUCACCUUGGGCUAGAAUCAGUACCUAUACUGGUAGAAGAGUGAAGAAGACAGGAGAACCAGUAAGACAGAUAGCGGUCAGUUAUCCUGCAGAUGUCACUUCCUCUAGUAACCAGGAUGAUCAAUAUGGUCCUGCCAUUAUACCAGGUGAUCGAGUUAAUGUUCGUGCUGGUGUAGCUCCACCUCCAGGAAUCAUUUUAACCAUUCAUGCUCUUCCGCUACAAUUCCUGACAGCUGUUGCUUACUUAGAAACUCUGUUAACUGAGAAUUUUGGUUGUGGCAUGAAAGGUUGUGAGCUUCAUCGUGGUGAAUUCCCACCAGAAAAGAACUUGUUGAAAAUGGAACAGCAACCUAGUUUGUGGAGUUUGGACAAUAUCACUAUCACUCCAGCCAUAUUUGGUGUGGUUAUUGAACAGGUCUGUAGUUACAUUUGGAGAACAGAUAUACCUUCACUUAUCAAAGAAUUUGUGUUCCAUCUUUUGGCUCAAGCUUUCAGGAUUCUUGACUUUAGUGCUGGUGGUCAAGGUAAUGGUUUGAAUCAUGUAAAUAGAAGAUUCAGUCCACUACAGGGCCUGUUGACAAAUCUGCCUAUUGAAUUGAAAAAGUUGUUUGAUGAUGAAGUAAAGGACUGGCCAAUCAAGCCUACAUUAUGUGGUCUUGGUACAGGAAUAGGUGUUGCAGACGCUGGACGUUUUUCAACCUAUUUCCAUGCAUUAAUGGAGGUUAAUCUUGCUAUAGCUGAAGUGAAUGUGAGCAAUAGUGAGAAAUCAGAAGGAGCUAGUGCACCAGAGGUUUCUCUCAGUCCACCAAGUAGUGGUGCAAUUGCUAAAAAGAAGAAAUUAAAGACCAAAAGAGAAAGAGAAAGAUCAUCAACAUCCUUAAGGAAAAGUUCCAGUUCUGUUAGUCCAAGAGUCAGUGAAAGUGAUUCAUCAACAGCAACAGAAUCAAACGCAGCUUCAAGUAGUCUCUCUGUUGCUUCUACAAGUACAGAUAGUCUGUCCACUUCUCCAUCUAGUAAAUUAUCUAGUGUAUCAAGCUUGAAAAGUGAGGACUCAUCGUGGUUGGAUCGUGCACACAAUAUAAAUAGUUUGUUAAGAGGACUGGCAUUUAGUGAAGAAAAUAAUGAUCGUGUUUGGUCUGAGGCUGUAUCCGAAGCAUAUAAAAUGUUGAUGAUACCAUCAGCCUUUUCACGUCUGCUGAUUUUAACUGGUAUCCCAGAUCAUGUUCCAAUUGAUAAAAUCAAACAAGCUGUGUAUAAGGUUUGUAGUGUUCAUGGAGGACUUGACAAAGAUGGUUUGUUCCUCCCUAAAUUUGAUGCACCAGUUCCAGAUAAACCUGAUGAGGGUCCAAGCAAACCACCGCCUCCUUGUUCGAAAGGAUUUGCUGUUCUGUCUCUGCCGGCUAAAGCGAAAGUAGAAGCUGUUAAAAAGGCAUUAUAUAAAUGUAAACCAAUUGUGAUUGGACUAAAUAGUGAUGAUGAAGGAAUGAUUGACAUUCCAGAUGAAGUUUUAUCCAUUUCAACUGUCAAUUCCACUUUAUUAGCUGAAAAUGAAAGUGGCAAUGUUGCUUUGGAUAGCUAUCUUUCCUCCAGACUUUACUGUGAUGCUUUAAUUCAGCUCCAAGAAGGUGCAGUGAGAGCAUUGACUGAUAUUUUUCACAGUUGUUAUUUUGUGGCCCAACAAACUGGAAUUAUUGACUCCCGUUCUGGAGUUAUCACCUUGGAAAAAGAACACAUAUUAAAGAAUACACAUGACAAUAUGUUAUAUAUAUUUUUGAACUCUUUAAGACCAGCCAAGAAACCUCUUGCUGAGUUAGUGACACAUAUAUUAUUACAGUAUGGUACUGUUAGAACACCUGAUAAAGAAAGCCAAUCACCUACAGUUCAAAAUGGAAAAGGAAGACCAGCUAAGAAAUCUCCCAGAGCAUCAAAAGAAAAGGUUGUGCUAGGAUUUGAAAAAACUCCAAUUAAAUUAAAAGUAAAAGGAAAAGAUUUACCAGAGAAAUCCACUAAGGAAGCAGCUACAUCAAAAGAAUCUUUAUCUAAAGAAUCCACUUCUUCUAAAGAUCUACCAUCAGCUUCUAAAGAAACCAAGCUAUCUAAGCCAGUUGGUAGUAAAGGUGAAGGAAAAUCAUUAACAUUAGAUGGAUUUUUACAAUAUAUAAUAGAGACAGGUCAUCAAGAUAUCCGUGGUGUAUGGAGGGCAUUGUUAACUUCUGGUUUUGACUUCUCUUUUAACAGAUGUUGUUGUAGUGAUAUUAAUCAAGCUCAACAGUUCUCUAAACAGUGGUCGAUAGAGACGGAUACAUCAUUAGUUAAUUAUGUUAAUCAAUUAACAAGACAAUUAGCUGUCGGCUCAUCACGAUUACAUCCACAUGAAAUUAUAUUAUCUGAUGCUGAUUUGGCUGGUGAUAAAUUUGUCAGACUACAAGGUAUUCCAUUAGAAAGUAUUCGAUUAAGAUUUGCCAUACUACAGAAUCUAAAUAGAUCAUUAGAGACAUUCUUUUUACCACUCAUAGAAUUACGUUCUAACAUCACAUUUAGUCGCAGUACAGCUAAAGCUAUCUCCAAAAUACGGAAUCUUAUAUUUUAUGAUAUGAAAAAUAACCUAGUAAAUAGAAUAUUAAAUGCUACAGCAUUGAGAAAACCUGAUCAAGCUGCUCCGGAAAUCACUUUAGAUCCUUUAGAGACCAUUGGAGGAGAAAAGAAGACAAGUUUUUCCUCGGUAUAUUGUCAAGCCUAUAGACAGUUAUCAAAUAUACCCUCUAGUAGACUAUGUGUAAGAUUGGCUAGUGGUGGAGAUCCUACAUACGCUUUUAAUGUUAGGCUUACUGGAGAGGAGGUACAUGGUAAUAGUGGAUCAUUCAGACAUUUCUUGGGUCAGAUAGCAAAAGAAAUACAAAGUUCAUCCCUAUCAUUCCUGGUACCAUGUCCUAGUUCAUCAUCUGGUAUUAACAGAGGCAAGUGCUUUCUGAAACCUGGUCAGAUGACAUAUUCCGAAGAAAAAUUACUCCAGUUUUUUGGUCAGAUUCUGGGAGUAACAAUGAGAGCUGAUAUUCCUUUAGAAUUAGAUAUUGUAACAUCAUUCUGGAAAUGUUUAACAUCAACAAUGAUAGAUCCUAUCUCUGAUAUACAAGAGGCUGAUAUUUUAACAUAUAAUUAUAUUAAAAAGAUAGAAAUGGUUGAAACUGAAGGUGAAUUACAAGCUCUAUGUAGUGAUGUCUAUCCUAGAUUUGUCUACUCAUCAUUAUUAGGGGAAGAUGUUGAAUUGAUACCUGAUGGUCAUAAUAUACCUGUUAGUUGGAAUAAUAGACAGAGCUAUAUAGAAGCUAUAUGUAAAUUAAGAUUAAGAGAAUUAUUCAAUAUGAAUAGAAUGGAAUGUGUAAAAAUUGGUCUAGCCUCUAUUAUACCUAUACAACUAUUAAAUCUCUAUACAUCAGCUGAUUUAGAAAUUAGAAUGUGUGGAUUACCUAGUGUCAAUCUUCAGUUUUUGAAGAUGCACACCAUGUAUCAGAUAGGACUGACAGAAACUGAUUCUCAUAUAGAAUACUUCUGGGAAACUCUAGAAAAUUUUACUGAAGAAGAAUUAGCCAAGUUUAUUAAAUUUGCUUGUAAUCAGGAGAGAAUACCUCAGACUUGUCCUUGUCAAGAUGGUGGAUCUGAGUCUGCUCAUGUACCACCAUAUCCUAUGAAAAUAGCUCCACCAGAUGGAUCAGGUCCAGCAGAUAAAAGGUAUAUACGAGUUGAAACUUGUAUGUUUAUGAUUAAAUUACCCCAAUACAGCAGUCAGGAGAUCAUGGCUGAACGAUUACGCUAUGCUAUCAAUUGUAGAGAAGAUCCAUUAAGUGGGUAAUGUGUAAUAUGGAUCUAGAUUCUAGAGAGAUUAAUGAUUCUAUUGAAUUCCAUAAGAAAGACUAAUAAAUAAACUUGUGAUAUUUGUUGCUUUUAAUAUUGUCCGUGAUAAUAAUAUAUAUAUUUAAAACAAUUCACUGUUUUCACUAUUGAUAAUAUAGUUCAGCUGUAUAUGAAAACACAUAAUGUUAUAUUUAUUUGUGUAAUAGAAUGCUAAAAUAUAUGAGGAAAAGCAGACAAAGAUAUCAGUGAAUUCUGUAUAUGCUUUAAGUCAAUAACAGAAACAGUUUACUUUAUUUUGAAGUAAGAAAUGUAUAGCAUUUGAAAUUAUACAAGCAGACUUAUAUUGUGUUCAUUAGUACUUUAAAUAACCAGAGACAAACUGGGCUCUUUCUGUUUUGAAUCUGACCUUACUGUGCAUUUAAAUACAUUUUCCAUUGGCCAAUUGAUAUGUCAAGUCUUUUCUUAUUUUAGUAUGAUAGUAAGGAGUAAAAAGUUUCUACUCCUUGAAUGUAAUUUUGGUAAUUGAAAGGGUAAAAGUUUUUAGUGAAAUGAAUUUUGGCAUUUAAACUGGCACAGGUUGGCAUUGGUGAGUCUAAAUAUUGCCAGAGAAUAGUUUGCUACAUGAAAAUAUUGUUUUGUUAAGAUAAUUUAUGUGAAAAACACAAAUCAGAGUUAUGCUCUGAAGUUAGUGAACAUAAUUAGUAAUUUAAUCCUCUUUUAGUUUACAGAUACAAAGCUGUUGCAAAGUUGUUCUUUAUGUAUAGUACUUGAUCUUGAAGCAAGGUACUCAAUUGUAACCUUGAAUAUUUGUUCACAUCCAGUUCUGAUUCACAUCAUAAACACAAGCAGUCUACUAUAAUUUUAGGUAGAUUAAACAGAAAUGGACACGAUUUUACCAAAAAUUAAAACAGACUGUUUGUGUUUAUGUUCUGAAUUCAUCUGUUAUCAGUGUUACUGAUACACCAAAAGUGUUAUGUAUUAUUAAUAAUUUAUGAGUGAUUUUGACAAUAUUUAUGUUCAUGAUUUGACAAUAUUUAUGUUUAUGAUUUUUAGUAAUAGUUAUAUUUACACUGGAGUGUACAGAUUAAAAAAUUAAAUUUAUAAUAUAAAAGCCAACAAGUGCUGAUUAUUAUUAUUAUUAUUAUUGCUUUAUUUGUUUAUGUUGUUAUUAAAGUGAAUAUAAAUAAACACAAUGUAUAAUGAAGAUUAAACCUUUUUUCUUAUGUAUGAGCUGACUCUGAGCCAAGUCUGUUGGCCAGAAAUUAUCUGAAAGUGCCUUGGGAUUGACCUGUGUUCUAAUAACAAAAUUCAUUUUUGACAAUAUCAAAAUAUGGAAUAUCAAGUGAAAUGCUGUUUGAAAUCUUUUUAAUGGGCCAGUCAUUCAUAUUUGUCAAAUGCUCUCAUUACAGAGAAUGAAGUUUCACUCUGUUCAUUGGUCCACCAUUAUGAGAACAUUUUGAGAUAAAACCACUAUCUUACAUCAUAUUCCUCAUUUUAUGCAACAGAUGAGGACAAAUACAUGUAAAGAAAUGUUGAAACACUGGAUUACAAUGUCUUUUGCUACUGUGGUUCGAUUUCUAAUGAUUUUAAGUUGAUAUUGGAAUUGAUUAGUGACAGUAUGUGCCAAUUUUAUAAAGGAUUUUUUUAAAUAAAGGAUUUAUAAACAAAUGAAGUAUUACUGAUAUCAACCAAAACCCAUAUAUUGUUGAUACUAUGAGAGUAGAUAUAGUCACAGUUUCUGGGGUUUGUUUUGGAGCUGGAACACAAUCUAUUACCCUCAAUCACACGAGAAACAUGAGUCACUAUAUAAUGAUCAUUCAAAUUAAAAUCAUUCAAACAUUUAAAGACUAGAUAG